AACUCGCAGAGUGGGUUCUUGCUGUCAGAGAUGCAAUGUGAACAAAGAGUGACUAUACAGAUACGAGGAGGGCGCUGUAGUGAGCGGCACACGGCUAAGGUGGAUGCACCCACAGCUGUUGGAGGAUUGCAGUCAGAAAACAGCGAGGCUCCAGAGGCGCGCAACAACUUAUGUGCUGUCUAUCCGUUCAUAUAUAACGGGUGCUGAAUUUUAUUGACGUUCACAAUCAGAUAUAAGAAUGUCUCUCAUUGAGGAAUACGAGGAAGGAGAGUAUGAGAGAGCGCCUAAGCGACUUAAGACGGCAGAGGUGGAGGAGGGCGAGGACUUGGAGGAGGGUGAGGAUUCAGAUUCGGCAUCUGCAGGGCUGCUGGGAGACGAGGACGAUGUUGCCCGGCCAGGUGGAGAGAAAAGGGCCCAUUGGUCCACAACAAAAUAUGGAUCUGGAAGAAAGGACAACGGAGAUGACGCCCACAGGAUCGCCCCCUCUCCCGUGGUGCACGUGCGCGGACUCUGUGAAUCUGUGGUGGAGGCUGACCUGGUCGAGGCCCUGGAGAAAUUCGGGACAAUCUGCUACGUGAUGAUGAUGCCAUUCAAGAGGCAGGCGCUGGUGGAGUUUGAGGGCGUGGAAAGCGCGGACAAGUGCGUGGCGUGCGGGGCCAGCGAGGCAGUGUACAUCGCCGGGCAGCAGGCCUUCUUCAACUACUCCACCAGCAAGAGGAUCACCCGGCCCACCAAUUCCGACGACCCCAACAGCGGGAACAAAGUGCUACUGCUGUCCAUCCAGAACCCGCUCUACCCCAUUACCACGGAUGUUUUGUACACGGUGUGCAACCCCAUUGGCAACGUGCUACGUAUCGUGAUAUUCAAGCGAAAUGGCAUCCAGGCCAUGGUGGAAUUUGAAUCUGUCCAAAAUGCCCAGAAGGCCAAGGCAGCGCUCAACGGGGCAGACAUAUACGCCGGCUGCUGCACCCUGAAAAUUGAAUAUGCCCGGCCGACGCGCCUUAAUGUAAUAAGAAAUGAUAAUGACAGUUGGGACUACACUAAGCCGUAUCUGGUCAGACGAGAGCGGGGGAAGGGGAGACAGAGACAGGCCAUCCUGGGAGAGCACCCGUCCUCCUUCGGUGACAAUGGUUACGGGUCGCACUGCCCCCUGCUGCCUCUCCCCAGCAACAACAGGUACAAGAGGAGCUCCCACGACAUCCCUGAGGUGGUGGCCUACCCCCUGCCACAGACCUCCUCCUAUAUGGGCCACGCCUCCAGCUCCGUCGCCAUGGUGAGCGGCCUGCACCCGGCCAAGAUGAACUGCACCCGGAUCUUCAACCUCUUCUGUCUCUAUGGCAACAUCGAGAAGGUGAAGUUCAUGAAGAGCGUCCCUGGCACGGCCCUGGUGGAGAUGGGCGAUGAGUAUGCCGUGGACCGGGCCAUCACGCACCUCAACAGCAUCAAGGUGUUCAGCAAGCGGCUCAAUGUCUGUGUGUCCAAGCAGCACGCGGUCAUCCCCAGCCAGGUGUUCGAGCUGGAGGACGGCACCAGCAGCUACAAGGACUUCGCCAUGACCCGCAACAACCGCUUCACCAGCGCCGGCCAGGCCUCCAAGAACAUCAUCCAGCCCCCGUCCUGCGUGCUGCACUUCUACAACGUCCCGCCCUGCGUCACGGAGGAGGAGCUGCAGAGGUUAUGCACGGAACACGAUGUGCCUGGUUUCAUCAAGUUCAAAGUGUUUGAUGCGAAACCCUGCUCCAAAACCAUCUCAGGGCUGCUGGAGUUCGACAGCAAGACGCACGCCGUGGAGGUCCUGACGGUGCUCAACCACUACCAGAUCAGAAUACCGAAUGGCUCCAACCCCUACACCCUGAAGCUGUGCUUCUCCACUUCCUCACACCUCUGAGACCUGGGCGCGAAAGGGCCACCAGCAGGCUUGGUCUGGAGACGGGAGGAGCCGCCCGAGAGAGCAAGGAACCUGCCCAGAGGGGAAGGAAGGAACAAAGGAAGGAAGGACGAGAAAGGAGGCCCACAUCCCCACUCACUGUGGCCGACUGAAGGACCGAGCACAACGCACAUAAGCUCAAUACACUGAAGCGUCGUUUUUAUCUGUUUGUGACAUUCAAUAAGUCGUAAUCUGGGAGUGCCGAAGAGACCUAUGACUGACAGAAGAGGGAUGGCCCCACUCCCCCCCCC